CCAUAUCUUGAUUCAUGCCAGGGAACUUUCCUUCCGAAAGACGCCACGCUUCACAGACCUUGUUAGCGGAACGUUGUCACCGGUUUUGCCGGUACAUGCUUGCCAGAUAUAACACCUCCCCAUCAGCGCUGACAUUAGGCACAACUUAUGCCCCGGUUGCAAGCCGUAGUCAUUUCGGAUAGGACGAAACAGACGCUCAGCCUCGUCAGGCGAAGUUCAUGCUUUGGCGUUGCAGCAGGUCCUUACACUCCCGCUGCCCCAAGUACAAGUAGCGCCAGUUACAGAUACUGGACGGGUUAUUAAGCGCCUGGUACCAGUGAACUAAGGACAUCUUUUGGUAAAGGCCCGCGCUUGCCUAUCUACGUGGCUACAAUGGUAACUUUUUGGGCGACACCACCCGACAUCCUAGAAAGCAGGGACGAGUCCUCAAUAUCACAGGCGGAUGCUUAUUUACCAUGUACGCCCGACGGUUCUGCUUAUAGUUCACAGUACCUGGUCACCGGUCAGACGUACCGUCGGCCAACAUUUGGCGCCCUGAGCCGGCAACAAGAUUCCUCGCGCCAACAAAUUAGCUUAGUUUUUAGCAAGCGGCGUCGCCUGGCUGGAAGCAUCGGGGACGCCCCGGCUGUCUUACGGGCCAUAACCGCGGAAACUGUCGUCGCCUUUCCCGCGCGUGAGAGCAUCCAUCAUUUACUUGGGGCAUCAUCACAACCAAACAAUAUCGCUUAUCAUUCGGACGUGCCAGAAACUCAUUGGUCGACUUCGUGUUGUGGUCCGGAUGCGGAAACUUCGAGCACCGUCUGUCGUGGUCAGCAGUUAUGCCCGACUCUUAUCAACAAUCUUACAAAACCCUGGGCACAAGACGGCAGCAGUGAGCUGGGCAAGUGCGGCAUGGGACCUCAUCAGGCAACGUUACCUGUCAAGCAUGCGGCUUCCACGCCCGCAGAAAGCGCCAAUCCAUGCGCGCUGGCUGUCCUACAGCACCAUCAAGACAAAAAACAACCGCAGCUGAGCUUCCUCCACCACCAAAGCGGGCCGCGCCAUGUCAACCCCUAUCAGCAACAGCCAUGCCAGCAACCGCAACAUGAACUGCUACAACAUCGCCAGCCCUUCCAAGCGCCACACCACCCUGCAGCUAUCCCCUUCACUUUGGCACCAGGUUGGGCAGACAACCAACAGCUGUACGACAGGCAAUCCGCUGCCGGCCUCCAGCUCGCAGACUCCAGCUGGGGUUCGAGCUCCGCCCUUGCCUGGCCCUCGCACCAACCUACCGCUUCCCCGUCUCCCCAACCACUAUGGACAUCCCACCUGGCCCCAACUGCCAAGCGGCCACGUCCAUGCUCGUCCCUUUCCUCGCAGCCGCCGCAACUGCUGCGGACCACCGUCCCUCAAGAACCUAGCCUCUACCUCCCUAGCGUUCCGCAGCACCACCAGCAGCAACAGCAGUCACCGCUGCGACCCCACCACCACCAGCAGCAGCAACAGACCAGCUGGCUCCUCUUCGCCCCCACCACGCCGCCCCGCUGCCUCGACCACCCCGCCCCUGCCGCUUGCUGCCCCCAGGACUACAUCCUGCAGCUCUCACACGCCUUCCACAUGCGCCCCGAAACCACCGCCCGUCUAGCUCUCCACAUUUGGAACCGCGUCCAACCCAUGGUUCAGCUGGUCAUUUCUGUACGGCACGAGAGCUUCUUCACCCGCCAUCACCAGCAACAACAAGAGCUCCUCCUCCUACCGACAGGCCCUAUUGCACAACCAGCAGCAGCAGCAGUGAAAGCAAGGGCGUUGCUUUCAGAGCAGAUCUACGCGGUUGCUGCGUUGUGGCUGGCGGCCAAGCUGGAGGAGCGGCGGCGGGAGCUGCCCUCCUCUCGGCUGCUGGCGGGGGCAGCUCGCACGCUGCCCGGGGUGCUGGCGGCGGCUGAGUUGCGUGUACUGCAGUGGUGUGAAUGGGCGCCGUACUGGGGGUUCGUACCUGACGAGUCGCACUUGCUGGUGGACUUGUAGGUGGUUGGUGGUCAGGACGGGAGUGGAGGUGCGUGGGAUGCGGAGGGUCAGUGCAUUAGUAAAGGAAAGAGGGAACUGGCUUGCAAGGUAUGGGGUUUGUGGCCUUGGAGGAAGCGGGGAUGGCUGGGUGUUUGAGGUUUGUUAGAUGGAGCAGUUUCGUGGCACGCAUUGUGUUUGAUGUACGAGAGGACGAGGACGAGGAACAAUAAGCGUGUUCCAGUUAUUGCACGACUUGUUGGGCCCCCAUGAGAAGGCGCGCACACAUCUCAUGGGAGGAGCAACAAGUGGUCGAAUUGUAGGUCUGAACUGUGUUGAAAGGAGUUUGCGAUUGCUAGCUAGCUAAUGUGUUUGUCCGUCCGCAGCAAUGUUAAGAGGAAAAAGGCCCUAAAACGUCCCAGUAUACUUCACAAACUCUGUGCAUGGGCACUUUAUAUGUACUUCCUGGGCUUGCAUGGUGUACGACAAUAACAUAUAUACAACACGAAGAGCAUGUAGUACGGCAUCUUGGUUUCUAUAGUCCUGGAAACAUCCUGGAAAGUUGGUGUCCAAAUGUGGUAGCCAUGUUGGUUAUUGUUUGUUGAGCGUUGCAUCGUGUUGUUAGCUGUUAGGGACCCGCAUGGCCGCGGUUACAUGCAUGGUGGAUUGGUUAAGAGUACGACGGGAUGGUGGCUGGUGGGUUGGUUUAAUGUACGACGGGAUGGUUGGUUGGCGGGUUGGUUUAAACCCAAUGUGGGUUGGGGCGGUGGGAAUGGCUGAUGUCUGUGAUGAGGGCUCCCUCGUGAGGGGGGCAGCAUCGUUUGUCUGAUGUGGCAUGAAGCCGGUGCUUACUUCUCCGCUGCACCUUAUUGGUGUUUGGCUUCCCGAAGGGCCCUUACGGGAGGUAGAGAAUGGGUUUGGGCGUGUGGGUGCUGUUGGCGCGGAGUAAAGCGUAUUUGGUUGCAGCAGUAGUUACAGAUUCCAAUGUCGUUUUGUUAGGGUUUGCGCCACCACAUGGGCAUCAUGACGAGUGGCAACUGCGGUACAUUGUGUUGACCCCGGUAUGCGUCUGCAUGCGGGCCUGCAUGUUUGUGCAUGCGUGUGUGUGUAUGGUUUUGUGCCAUGGCCGGGAGGGGCAGCUGGAGCGUUCUUUCCUCAGGACCGCAGGAGAGGCCAUUACCACCUGCGUUUGCUGUUGUUGGGGCUGGCUGGGGCUGCCGGCCGGGGGUACUGCCUAAAAGAGAGGUAAAGCCCCCAAACGGGCAUAAAAAGGAUAUGCAAGCAGCAGUUGCAUGUGCGCGACUGACGCCAUUAUAUUGUAUGUAGUUGAUUGCCCUGGUUCGGCUAACGGCGGGUACUGGGUUAUGUAUGUUGUCAAGCAGGCAACGCGCCCUUUUUGCCAGCAGCUUUGAGUUGUCUUUUAUUGUGGCUAGUGUUUCAUUUGGAGGGUAGUUGCUUUAGUUCCAUGCCCGCCGUUAUCACUGCCUAGCACGCAUCAUGCUGCCUCCCCUUGCGGCCUCCCCGUGCGGCCUCAGCUUGGGACGGGGCCGGGGGCAUCUGCCGUACCCUUGACCCCUCGUCCAGGAGCGUAAGUUAAAGAAGAACAAACCCGUUCUGAUAGAAACCAUAAAGCGUGGGUAAAGGAGGAGGAGGAUCGCGGGUGGAUAGAUGGCCUGCUGCGGUGACCCUACUAGCGUGGGUUCCUCUCGCGUGGCUUGCAAGAGGCAGGGGGCUUGCUAGCACUGCUGACGGUCGGGCUGUGGUACAGGUAGGAUGUGGGUUACGGUAGGAAUGGUGGUCAUGAUAUUUGUGGUGGUAGCGCAGCGGCCUGUUUGUACCGAUCGAGUAGAUUUCUACCGGGGCAGACCCAUGGAUGAUGCCGCCAGGAAGCCCGCAGAGGGGGGCGACCGCUAGGUCGCUUUCGCAGUAGUGUAUAGUGGAGUAGGACAAGAACAAGCAAGUGGGAGAGGUUCGCAUGUGAACCGCGAGUAGUGUAGUGUAUGUAAACUCCCCCCCUUCGCGCUUUGCUGCACUGGUUAGCGCUGCCGUUACGCGCUUACAGCAAGGACGGAGAGGGUGCAACUGCCUUCCACCGGUGUAAGUGUUUGGCUUAGA